AUGGAUGUGAAGCGGUGGUUAUUCACUUUAUUGCUGCUAAAAAUGGAUUUUGGAGAAUUGGAUGAAAUAGUAGAUGAUGAAAAGGAACUACUGGAAGAUCCAACCACUAACUAUUAUACUCAUCCAAUACGCAGUAGUGUAAUUUUUGUCAAGACUAUAUUUCGAGAAAAAUGCAAAAAAUUUACAUUUUCUACGUGGUACAGUAAUGAAUCAGCAACGCCAUAUGUCACCUAUGAGACAACUGAAAGCGGAGCAAGAUUGACAUUUGGAUAUGAUUACGAUCGAAUUCCGUUCACAUCGUUGGAUAGUGGACACAGAUAUCGCUGCCAUGCCGUACGGUUUCUCAUUCAUUAUUUUAUACGGAAGCUGGAAAGCCAAUCUCGUUUUCAAUGGAAGGUUGAGAAAUUAUACCUUGCUUAA